AUGGUAUUUGAUAACAUGGAUGUGACCAUGAAUUAUGCCGCGCCGGGCGAACACAAACCAACUAUUGAGCGCAGCAAUCAAACAUUAAAAGGAUUAUUCCGAGCACACGAUCAUCAAAUGGUGUUCAAGGCAAUUCCCAAGGUUUUGACUAUUGCUUUACUCAAGCAUGUGACAAAGGUUAGUAACUUUUAUCCUGCAAAGGAGGGAAUUUCGAAAUAUUACAGUCCACAUAUGAUUGUGAGACAAAACCAAUGGAUAUUUCAAAAGAAUUUGUUGCUGAAAUUGGAUCCUUUGUACAAGGAUAUGGUCACACUACCAACAACAGUCAACAACCAAGAACGAUUGAUGGUAUUUAACUUGGAGUAA